ACGUGACCGGAAGUUUGUAUUAAAACUAGGUCACACAUCUUCCCCAGCUAGUGUUUACGUUACAGAGAUGUUACAUGAGGAUCGAAAAAAGACGAUGAUAGCUCAGCGUGAUUAUAUGUUUAACAUUGGACGUGUCUGAAUCCCUCAGGAAGAAAUGAGUGGUAACAAGAGGGCCGAAAGUCCCCCGCCUCAUCAACCUUACAAUCGUGUCUACAUCAAUCAGCAUGGUGAAGUUGGUGUGGACCUGAUGUUAAUCGGUGACUAUAAUGCUGGGAAGACGAGCAUCAUCCAACGAUUUGUGGAAGGUACUUUCGACAACAAUGUCCGUUGCACUAUGGGACACGAUUUUACCGUGAAACAUGUUUGGAUUGACCGUUCAGAAGUCAACUUAAGACUGUGGGAUACCUAUGGAGGUGAGCGGUACAGGGGCCCUGGUAGAUCAUAUUACCGACACUGUCAUUGUGUCAUUAUCGUGUAUGACGUCACAAACAUUUGUACUUUUGAAAACAUUGAAAAGAUAUGGCUGAGGAAUAUAGAAGAAUAUGGAUCGAAUGACUUGGCGGUAAUGAUCAUGGGAACCAAGUGUGAUCUACCGGGUCGACAAGUUGAUUACGUCACGGCUAAGAAGUUUGCCGAUAGUCUGGACAUACCUUUAAUCGAGACAAGUUCCUUGACUGGAUAUGGUAUUGACCGCGCCAUCAUGUCCGGUGCAGCUAUGGCCAUGGACAAGUUAUUGGAAAACGUGUCGAACGUAUGGGGGAGGGAAUGUAGCGAAAGUUACAGAAAGGCUGACACAAGUUGUCAACUCACCUGAGGCCACAUAUCUACAUGUUACAAUAGUUCAAAACCAUACUAAUAUGUAUCUAAAGUAUGAGAUUAAGGGAUGAAGCAGUUUUCUGACUUCCCUAGACCAUGUCUAUAUUCAGACACAAAGACUAGGAAUAGGCAUGAUCAACCCCAUACUUCAUUCCGUUACAGACCGGAAACAUUUUUCAAACUCGAAAACAUUUGUACAGAAAGGUUUAUAGCUGUGUCCUGUUAUUGUGAUAGCAGUGUAGCCAAAUGAAAGAUAAUGAAUUGAUAGACUGUCAAGUACUGGGAUAUGAAGUGGAAAAAGAUUUGUUGUGGGUGAUAUACUUGUUUUCUGUUUUUACAACUAAUGCCGACUUUCAUUCUGGACGUCAUCGUUAAUUUUUCAUAACACUUGAUCGCGUUAAUCAACCUGACAGUUGUCAUUCUCUUCUCUGGUGUUCCCCUUCGCCAAAAUAAUGUGAAAUAACAACGGAUGCCUUCAACGAUGCUUGGUGCAACUCUUAUUGUUUACCGUAUAUGUAGAUGCAUAAGAGUACAUUGCACAACAAUUAUAAAUUUGUUUUUCUAUAGCAUGCAAUUACUGGAGAAGAAACAGGAGUAUCAGAAGAAAACCAGCUCUGCCCGCAGGUGAUUCAAUACUGAAUCGAUCGAGGGAUGGGGCUAUCAUAGAAAAAACCUAAGGAGUUGUCCUUUGCGCCAUUCGUUGACUCAGUCAUUGUCGCAAAUAUCAAUAUAAGCAUGUACACCGAUGGUGUGAUGUAUGAUUCUGACCAAUGCGAAUGCAUAUUCAGGUUGGCAUCGAUGUUUUCAAUUCUUCCGAAUGUCCUUAUGAUAUGGCAUAUUUGAUGUUAUAGUUACGUAUAUUACUCAGCUCAAUUUGAGAAACUAAAAUACUAGUCAUGUAUGUUUGUAAGAGCGUUUGUAUUUAUGAGAUAACACCUAUUUGUGUAAAAGAUUAUGCGUUAUUAAAAGGGUUAUUUACGAA